AUGGCUAUAGUUGAAUCAGUAGGGAAUAUUCCUUUGCAAGACCCACCGGAGGAAGAGUUUUCGUCUGCUGAUUUGAGUUGGACCAAGUUUGGGAAUGCUGAGCAUCAUGAUGAGGUUGCUCUUAUUCCUUAUGAUAGAGUUGAUGCUUUUAUAAUUGGUGAGUCCUCUAAUGUAUUGUGCCCGACUCGGUUUCAUAUCGAAAGAGGAAGGAAACGAACUAUUGGCACCUUGAAGGAGUACAAGGAUGAUGAAUAUCUUGAGUAUAGGCUGUAUUGGUGCUCGUUUGGCCCAGAAAAUUAUGGAGAGGGUGGAGAGAUACUUCCUAGUCGGAGAUAUCGACUUAAUACCCGAAAUCGUGCUGCUAGACCUCAAUCAAUGCGUGGUUGUACCUGUCAUUUUGUUGUCAAACGUCUUUAUGCUCGUCCAUCACUUGCGCUUAUUGUAUAUAAUGAUCGGCGUCAUGUUAACACGUCUGGAUUUAUCUGCCAUGGGCCACUUGAUAGAGAUGCUAUUGGCCCAGGUGCCAAAAAAAUUCCAUACAUAUGCAAUGAAAUUCAGCAGCAAACAAUGUCCAUGAUAUAUCUCGGCAUUCCAGAAGAGAAUAUUUUGGAGAAACACAUUGAAGGAAUCGAGCGCUAUUGUGGUUCAAAUGCAAAAGCCAACACCCUUGCUUCUCAGUAUGUUCACAAGCUAGGCAUGAUUAUCAAGAGAUCUACUCAUGAGCUUGAUCUGGAUGAUCAAGCUAGCAUCCGAAUGUGGGUCGAACGCAAUCGGAAAUCUGUAUUUUUUCAUCAAGAUACUUCAGAGUCUGACCCUUUCAUCUUAGGAAUCCAAACAGAAUGGCAGUUGCAACAAAUGGUUCGUUUUGGUCAUCGCAGUGUUGUUGCAACAGACUCUUCCUUUGGUGUAAAGAGGCUUAAAUAUCCCUUGUUCACACUACUUGUUUUUGAUUCAAGACAACAUGCACUUCCUGUCGCAUGGAUCAUUACACGUAGCUUUGCAAAACCUGAUGUGUCUAAGUGGCUGAAAGCUUUAAUUGAUCGAGCUCGUAGUGUUGAGCCUGGAUGGAAAGUCAAUGGAUUUUUAAUUGAUGAUGCUGCAGCUGAUAUUGAUCUUUUGAGGGAUAUAUUUUGUUGUCCAGUCCUCUUUUCGCUAUGGCGCAUUCGUAGAUCAUGGCUAAGGAAUAUUGUUAGGAAAUGCAAUAAUAUUGAAGUUCGGCGGGAGAUUUUUAAGCGUCUCGGAACAUUAGUGUACAGCAUUUGGGGAGGCACUAAUACAUCAGUUGUUGCCUUAGAACAAUUUAUGUUGGAUUUUGUUGAUCAAACUGAUUUCAUGGAAUAUUUCAAAGUCUCCUGGCUGCCCAAGAUUGAAAUGUGGCUUUCGACAAUGAGAAAUUUUCCACUGGCAAGCCAGGAAGCUUCUGGAGCAUUAGAAGCCUACCAUGUUAAACUGAAAGCGAAACUUUUUGAUGAUUCACAUUUAGGAGCGCUGCAAAGAGUAGAUUGGUUAGUUCACAAAUUAACAACCGAGUUGCAUUCAAGCUACUGGCUUGAUCGUUUUGCUGAUGAAAGUGAUUCUUUCCAGAAUGUAAAGGAGGGAUAUAUUGCUUCUACAUCAUGGCACCGAGCACUUCAAAUUCCCGACUCUGCUGUCACCUUGGACGAUAAGAACCGGCUCUUUGCCAAAGUUGCGAGCCAAAAAGACAACAGCUUAGCACAUAUAGUGUGGAAUCCGGGAUCUGAAUUUUCAUCAUGUGAUUGUUCUUGGUCAUUGCAAGGUAACCUUUGCAAGCAUGUGAUCAAAGUAAACAUGAUUUGUGAAAAUCUUAAAGGUUGUCAACCAUCCAUGUCUUUUCGGUCAUUUGAAGAGGUUUUGAUGGAUCUAAGGAGAAAACCCGUCGACGACUCAUUUGAGUUGGAUGUGUCAUUGGCUUGGACCCACCAAAUACUGGAUCAUAUCCAAAAAUUUGUUGAAUUGAAUAAUUCUCCUGAUAUUGGUACUAUAGUUAAUAAUAUGCCUUUGAAAUGGGUUUCAAAGAGAGCUAGAACCUAUGUUGGCAAAAAUUCUUCAAUUUCGGCUGCUAUUCCUAGAAACCGCAACACAGAAAGUGUUGUUAUAUAUAAGAAGAAUCGGAAGCGGAAAAGAUUGUCACGACUAAGAUGA